AUGGAGAACGAUACGCCUUCCAUUGUAAUAAAUGUACCGAAACCAAGAGCUUUUCAGAAUAGUUUUUGGAUGCCUCCAGAAAAGAAGGUAACAAUGCCACGUAUUUCAAAACGAACAUUAAGAAAGCCCUCAGAAACUACUUUGAAACGAUAUACAUUACCUCAAACAGAAAUAUUACCGGUUGAAAAGUUAAAAAGGGCUAAAAUACUUCUUCCAUAUAAAAUGUAUUCGAAGGCUCAAAAUAGAGAUCGAUUUUUAAAAAUGGUAGCUAUUCCCAUUCAUGAAAAGUAUAAAAUUAUAAGCACUGAUAUAAAAAAACGUUUGUACAUACGCGAUUCUUCUGAAGACGUUGCUACUGUUCCUGAUAUAGAAGACGCUAUUAAUAGAUGUGUAUUUGAAAGGUCGUUUAGAUUUGAUAAUUUUAUAUAUAAAAGUUUUAAAAACUCCAUAAAUAGAACAUUGCAAAUAAAAUUGGAAACUGGCCUAAGAAAAGAUUGUAACUUAAACGUUGAGACCAAUUUCCGCAAUGAGAAACGUAUUUUCAAUUUAACAUUAGAGAGGUUAACAGACCAAGCAAAAUAUUUUGAUACUUUUAUAUCGGAGGACUACAAAAAUUCAAGAGGGUUAUUAGCAACAUGGGAUAAACUGAAAGAUCAAGUCGAGUCAAAAUCUUUGGAAUUAGAAAAUCUAGCGGCUGAGAAAUUUACAAUCAUGGCAAGAAUUAUUGGUUUAGAAUACAGAUUUAGUCUACAGCAAAAGUAUGGACGUUUUUUAUAUUACCUGUCGCCGCCAUCGUGGAGAUUAAGACAUAGGGAUUUUGCUAAGUCAGUCGAAAUUGAAGCCCGAGGCUUUGACUACGGCGAUUCGUGCGAAGAAGACAAUUUCACUGUGAUUUUUGAAAAAAUGCAAAAACUCUGUGCUUCGACACCUAUUAAACCUGCUCUGUAUUUUUCACAGCCAAAAGAUUUGAUUGAUGUUUUUGAAGCUAUGGAAAAACAACAACUUCAUCACUUUGCACACGUAAAUCAAUUGACGCCUUAUACGAAAAUUCUUAGAGAUGAAAUAAAAGUCUUAGGAGAAAUGAUUGAUAAAGAUACAGCUUCAAUUAAAAAUUAUAUAAAAAAAUUUGAAAACAUUUUGAUGCAGUCUGAAGAGCGAUGUGAUUACUUGAAGGCGAAAUUUUUUAAAAUUCUGUUUGGCUUAUUUUUUGAUAGUGUUGCUGCUAUCGAUGUCCUAAAACUUCAGUUAAAUUUAGAGUUUUGUUUUGAGAAGGUUUUUUAUGAGAAACCUUCAAAUAUGGAUAUUGUAGCUGUGGCCAGUGCUAUUGAAGGGCUGUAUAUGGAUUAUUCGAAGCGCUUGGACACUGUAAAAAGUACCUCUGUCAGACGGGCUAUAACGAGAUGCGUGAAUGCAGAGAAGGUAAAAUUAAGAAGAGCUGUUCAUGCCGCUAAUGAAUUACGUUUAUUUCAUAGGCUUGAACGAGAACUGCUCCAGGCACAUGGUCUUGAUACGCAAAAUGUUUACAAACCCGUUGAUACUCGCCUAUCGAAAACUACAAACAAAUUUAAAUUUGAUAGAAAUUGUAAAAAUGAUAAAAAAGAUAAAAAUGAAAUAUUAACGGAGGCAGAAAAGGAGUAUUUACAUUUAUUUACGGAUUGGACGCCAAAUGAGGACCCAGCAAAAUACCUUCAAAGCUUAACUUUAAACGAUUAUGUAGUAAAUCCUGACGAUAAAUUAUGA